AUGUUCAAAUUUUUUAUUUUCAAUGUCAUGGUGAUUUUAUCGUUUGUAUCGAGGAUAUUAACAUCCGGAACUAAAUGCGAGUUAAACUUGAAAAAUAUGUGCGAAUCAGCCGACAAGUUAUUAUCCCAACGAGCUGCUCGGUUAGCGCCGCCUCUAACUCAGGAUUUGCACAAGGGACAGGCCGGUAGAAUAGGCAUUUUCGGCGGAAGCGUUGAAUAUACAGGGGCGCCGUAUUUCUCUUCGAUAAGCUCUCUGAAAGUGGGAGCCGAUUUGGCCUACGUAUUUUGCAAUAAAGACGCUGCUACAGUUAUUAAGUCCUACAGUCCAGAACUUAUAGUUUUGCCUGUACUGGACGAUCCCGAAGCGGUAAAUAAAAUAGAACCAUGGUUAGAUCGGUUGCACGUAAUUCUCAUCGGACCCGGUUUAGGGCGCCAUAACAGUACCUUUAAUGUAAUCGAGAAUGUUAUAAACUCCUGCAGAGAAAAGAAGAAACCAAUGGUUGUCGAUGCAGAUGGGCUCUUCUUGCUAUCAAAAAAACCGCAACUGAUAAAAAAUUACCCGGCCCCCGUAGUUCUGACUCCUAACAUGAUGGAAUUCAAUAGGCUCGUAGGGCAAACUACGGGCGACGGCACGAAUUUGGAACGAUCCACCGAUUUCCUCAAUCGCUUAGGUGGCAACAUUACCAUCUUGUGUAAAGGCCACGAAGACGAAAUAAUCAGCAACGGCAAAAGCGCUAAAGUAGCAGGCGGUGGAUCGGGAAGGCGUUGCGGGGGCCAAGGAGAUUUGUUGGGGGGCUCUCUCGCCACGUUUUUGGCUUGGGCCGUGACUAACAACGAGGACCCGGUAGUGGCCUGUUACGCCGCGGCAAGACUCGCAAGAGAAUGCAACGCCAAAGCGUUCGCCAAGCACGGCAGGAGCAUGACCACCACGAAUAUGAUAGAAGAAAUCCACGAGGCUUUCGCAGAGAAUUUUGAAUUGAAAUAG